AUGAAACCUGAUGGGGUGGCCACAGCACCAUCUGAACCAAUGGAAGCCGAAGGAACAGAACCCAUAACAGAACCAACCAGCAAUGACGGGGCUUCUCAAAAUGGGACUACACCAUCCCCCCCACAACCUGAUGAACCCCAAAAUGAGCAAGCGGCUCCUCCAACUGAUAAAGAAGCUUCUGGGAAAGCAGUAGAUGCUAAAAGCAAAUCCAAAGGCCCAGUCAAAGGCAAGAUUGCUGCAGGUCCAGCUACCACUGGACCAGGCACACGACCCAAAGCAACCCAAAGCCGUGUGGCUAAUGGCCUCACAAAGACAACAUCGAGUGCCCCAACCAAGAAACCCAUUCCAGCUAGCACUGUGGCAGCAGACAAGAAGAAACCCACCACUACCGUAGGAUCUUCUGGUCCAAGUAAGAAACCUGUUGGCUCUUCUACUGCCAUUGCAACCUCAAGGGCCCAACCUAAAGCAACAACUGCUGGAACAAACAAAUCAACAACAACCACCACAGCCAGUGGAACAAAGACAGGACCGGCUGCCAGCACAGCCACCAGCCUGAAUAAGAGACCUGCCACAGCUGCCACUAGUGCUGCAACCAAACCCAAAACCACAGCUCCUGCUCCAAGGCCAGCUGCUGCCCCUGCUGCCAAACCCAGCAGUUCAGCCACAGCCAAAACCACUGCAGCUCCUAAAACUAACAGGGUGACUGGAAGUUCUGCUCCACGACCAGCUGCUACUUCAGCUACAGGAAGAACAGUAACUGGUACAUCUACAUCUACUUCUGCAGUUCCUAGAACAAACCGCACUGCUACUAAACCCCUUGUUACAGCAUCAGCUGCUCGGAAAGAUGUUGGAAAAACAAGCACUACGGCACCUGCGAAAAAAACUGUUCCCGCAACAAUAUCCCGAUCUGCUGCUAGCAAGCCUUCAAAUUCAGAGGCUCCAAAACCAGCUGCAGCUACCAAACGACCUCCACCUAGCAUCAAAGCACCUCAACCCAAAGAUGACAAAAAAAGUGUACCAACACGUAAGGUGCCUUCUAGUUCACGAAACAACCCCUCACUGCCAGCAUCAGGCAAAAACAUUCCAGCAUCUCCCGGUCACAAACAACCAGGUAGCAUGGUCAGUGCGAAGCUUCAGCCAGCUAAACCAUCACAGUCUGUCAAUGGAAACUGCAGUAGCUACUGUAGCUGUAGCAACAGCUGCAGCCAUAACAAGGAAGAGUCUGUUUCAGGGCCUGAAGCUACUCCAACUGUAGAGAGUUCUCUGGAUGUACCAGCCUCUUCUUUAGAUGUUCAGGAAAUGGUAGAUGUGCAGGUCACUAAUGUCAGCUCUCAAUGUGUGCUGGAUAUUUCUAACAUGGAGCCAGAGUCUCAAAAGGCCUUAAUAGAAGCUGGUUCUGUUGAAGUGGCUUGUCCGACAUCAUCUGUAGCCGAUCAGGAAUCUGAAGAGCUGGUAUCUGGAAAAGUUGAUGAAAAGCUGAUUGUGGCAGAGGCACCUGUUGCGCAGGAAGCAACUGAGCAAGAAAGCUUAACUGCUUCACAAUUUGAUAACUCGGCAGCUACCAUAGUGUCCUCUGGUGUAGAGGUAGCUGAAAAAGCUGAACGGAUUAACAGUGACUGUUAUGAAGAUGUGGAAGAAGAAGAGAGAGAAGGCAGUCAACAAGUUUCUCUGUCAGAAAUGAGUGGCACCCAGCCUACGGAAGAGUCUCGACCUGGGUCAGCUGGGCUUGCCGGCUCCAUUUGGCGGGCAGGGGCCUUGCUUUCUGAGCUUGACUCUGAGGAUGUGAGUUGUAGCCAGCAGGGAGCAUCAGAGCUAAGUGCUCCAGGCGUCCUGGAGGGCACGGAGAGCAUGGAUGAUCUAGGGGAUGCAAGCCUUAAAGGAGCUGAUGGCGAAGGUGCAUCUGUUGGGUCCCCUGACUUUGAGAAGGUUUCUGAUAUUCUUACUAACGAAGAUGAAGAUGACGAAGACGAUGAUGACAGAGUCUGUGACAUGGAGGUUGGGUCUGAAAGAGCAGAAGACUCUCAUAGGCAGCAUCAUGACAACGAGGAUGAUGAAGAGGAUGAAGAUGUGGAAAUGGCAAGCGAGGGCAUUACUGAGAGUGGGCUUGAAAGUUAUGGGAAUGCAGAUGAGGAUGACUUGACCGAAGACUAUAGAUUAGACAACUUGAACCGAAUCCAGCCUCCUCCUGUGGUCCCUUCUGCCCCUCCAGCAUUCCAGUGGAACCAGCCUAGUUGCUUUGCUGAUGCCUGGGCCCAGCCACCACAACCUGCCUCUACACUUCUUUCAAGUCCUUCCUCUGAAUGUUGGCAAGCAGACCCAGAAACCCCAACACAGACACCUGCUCAAGCAAGACUUGAUGUUAGCUCUGAAAGGGGCUCUCCAUCAAACCUUUUGGAGCCUCCACCUUGCACACCUCAACAAGCCCCAAUAGCUGCUGCAGAGGGGAAUGUUAGCCCCAAACCAGGCUUGACACCCUCUCAAACCUGCAAGUUCCAGCCUCAUACUUCCAGUGACCCUGACCAAGCAUCUGACAGUAACAGAGACAUAAGGUUACCAGAAGAGGUGAAAGACAACGACUUAUCGGCAACUGAGACUCAUUCUAAAGUGGACCUCCAGCCAGAACCACUAAACCCUGUCCCCACUGUCUUGCCAGACAUCAUGCAGGAUCUAGGCAUCCACCUUGAACGUGCUGAGAAGGAAAAGGUACCUGAAACUCUGCCGGCUGAUGAUGUACUGGGUGGUCCAGCAGCAACUGCUCUGUCAUCUCCUUCAUCAGCUACUGAGGAUGAGGCAAGUGACAUAGAAGGUGAAAUGCAGAUCUGUGACCCUCAAGCUGAGCUGUCUGGCACUGGGAAUGCCGAUGGAACAGCACCUGCGGGCCGCAACUUGUCAACUCUAGAGGAAUGUGAAGAAAUGAGUGGGGAGAAUGGUGGUGGUGGUAGUGAGACCCCUCAGUCUGCCACUUCUGCUGCAUCCUAUGGCUUUGACUACAUGACCUCUAACUCCAAUGCCCAGUCAUCUGCCGAGAGUUGCAGCAAGAGUCCUGGCAUCUUUUCUCUAGAAAAUGAAGAGCAGCUCCCAGAUGAGGCCAAGGAUCCAUCACUUCUUAAAGAGUUGACCAUGAUACCCACUACUGCAUCUGAGGAAAAGAUUGACCCUAUUAAAAGCCAACAUGGAGAGUUCCAGUCUCACCCAGAGCAGCAGUACAUGCUGUGUGGAGAGUCCAGUGAGCUGCCUGAGCCUGUUUCAGUAGCGGCAGCUGUACAUUUAGAGUCUGGCUUGAUUGAUCCUUCGUCCCGACAGCACCAAGAAGAGGAACAAGAUCUUGACUCUCAGCAUCCCUACUACUCCACUAUAUGCGAAAAGACUGAUAGUCCCCUGGCAGAAGGAAAUUCCCAUUUUCCACCACAACCAAAUGACUUGCUUUCUAUCCAAAUGACGAUGUCAUCCAAACUUCGUCUCCGGCCACGUGCUCCCCAUGUGACCCAGCCACCACGGCUUCCCACUGACCUCCCUCCCAGAAUACCACAUGUGGCGUCAAACAUGCAGCUCCGGUGUCUAGAGCAACACCAACAGCACCUUCAUGAGAUCCAGCAACGUCAGGAGAAACGUAAUAGAGAACAAACGAGACAAGAUGAAGAGGAGAAACAAGCAAGGAAUGAGAGAGAGCAGCAGGAGGAAGAACAGAAGAGAAAUUUACUUGAGUUGCAACUUAAGCAGCAAGAGCAAGAACGAAAGCAGCGACAGCAGAUCAUGCAGUGGCAACAAGAACUUGAAGAACAACAACAGCAGCAAAAACACAAGGUGCAUACACCAGCUGUCCUCUCUCCUUCAUCAGGUCUCACCACCAUCUAUGAAACUGUGGAAACGAGUGACGAAGAGGAGGAGGGACAAGGAGUGUUUGAGGAAUUGGAAGAUAAAAGCUCCUUUAUUGUGUGCCCUGAAGAAGAUCUGCAAAGAUGCACUGAAGAAAAUUACUCUGGUGAUCUUUAUUCACAAUGCACAACACCUUCCCUUGAGUCUAUUAUUCAGGGUCCCCAGCGAGAACUUCAGGAGACAGACCCUGCAGCAGACCAAGACAGUCCUUCUCCCUUGGGGUCUCCUGAGCGAACUCCGCCUCUGGAGUUUGACUGGGGCAAGAAAGUGGACAUUGUCCAGCAGCUCAUCAAGCAGACAUUACUGCUUGCAGGUGAUGGUUGCUCGCCCCUUCUUCUGCUACCCGGAGGAGCAGGUGGGACACUCAGCCCCCUUGAAAGCAGCCUGUGGCCCAACAUGUUGCCACCUCUGACACCCCCUUCAGCCACUGUGACCUCUGUGAGCAGCUUCUCACCCGAGGCUCCAGGCAGCUCUGCUCAGGGUGAGUGGACUGUUGUAGAGCUGGAGACACAUCACUGAGGAAAG